AUGGGAAACCUUUUUAUAGUGGUCACUGUGACAUCUGACCCUGACUUACACUCCCCAAUGUAUUUUCUGUUAACAAAUCUCUCCAUCAUUGACCUGAUAUUUUGCUCUAUUGCAGCACCCAAGAUGAUCUGUGCUUUUCAGGAAGAAAAAGUCAUCUCCUUUUGGGGCUGUAUAGCUCAGAUCUUCUUUAGCCAUGCUGUGGGAGGCACAGAAAUGGUGCUGCUCAUUGCCAUGGCCUUUGACAGAUAUGUGGCCAUAUGUAAGCCUCUCCACUACCUGACCAUCAUGAGUCCACGAAUGUGCAUUUUUAUUUUAGUCGUUGCCUGGACCAUUGGUCUUACUCACUCAUUGACUCAACUGGCUUUUGUGGUAAACUUGCCCUUCUGUGGCCCUAAUGUCUUGGACAGCUUUUACUGUGACCUUCCUCAGCUCAUCAAACUUGCUUGUACAGAUACCUAUAAACUGGAGUUCAUGGUCAUUGCUAACAGUGGAUUCAUUUCCUUGGGUGCUUUCUUCUUGCUCAUCUUGUCUUAUAUAUUCAUCUUGGUCACUCUUCAGAAACAUUCUUCAGGUGCUUCAUCCAAGGCUCGUUCCACUCUGUCAGCUCAUAUUAUUGUGGUGGUUCUGUUCUUUGGUCCACUGAUUUUUUUCUAUUUGUCAUCCUCUCCUCCAACACAUCUGGAUAAAUUUCUAGCCAUAUUUGAUGCAGUUUUAACUCCUUUUCUCAAUCCAGUCAUUUACACACUCAGGAACAGAGAGAUGAAGAUGGCCCCUCCAGGAACUAAACCUGAAGCUCCUGCGCAGGCUGACGCUCCAGCACAGAAAGACAGCUGGGUGAGUCUUCUGUAUGUCUGGUGCCCUAGAGGUGGCAGCCUGUCAAGAACUGUCUCUCCAGUUGUUACAGUCCUGAGAGAGCGAGGAACGCAAGGCCCGGCGUCCUCAGAGCAGGUGAUCCCCCAGGGUUAUCCGUGGACACCCGCUGUGUGUGAACGCCCUGGGAAGACCCCGGCAGCGCCAGCGGGGCGGGAGCCUGAAGAUGGCGCAGCCAGUCUCGCUCCCGGAGGGCGCCCUGCAGGCCUGCCGUUGUUUGUCAGACCACCAGCCUGCCCACCCCAGGCCACCCUCCAGGACAAGCACAAAGCAAAUGAGCUUCUCCUGCAACUUCUGGGCGGCCCUGGAUCUGCUGUUUCUGAGCUGGGCCCUGGGCAGGAGGUCCUCAGUCAGUUUUCAGAGGAAGUUGUUCCACAUGAAGCUGUAAACCCAUUGCGUCUACAGAAGGAGCAGAGUCCUCCUCCUGCUAUGCCGUCAUCUUGA